AUGUGUGGUUUCGGAGAUAAAGAUCGUCGUACGAUCGACCCACCUCCCAUUAUCAAGCUUCUCGUGACUACUAUGGAUGGAACGCUCGUUCCUGAAAGUUCUAUCGACUAUUCUAUGAUGAUUGUUCACGCCGGUUUAUGGUCCAAAGAUCGCAAGGAAGAACGUGGCUUAGUAGUCAAUCCUACAUCCAUAAUUGCUAAAUCUGAUAUUCCUAGUUCAACUGUCAUGCCAGUGAAUGCGCCCUUGAGCACUCGAAAUCUUAUGGGUCAUUGCACAUCAUCCGCGUAUGUCCUCAAUAAUCAUCUUGGCCAAAAGGGAAUUUAUUUUAUAUUUCAAGACCUUUCUGUUCGAACUGAAGGUACUCUUACCUUAAAAUUCUCUUUUUGUAACAUUAAAAAAUUAAUGAUCCAAUCUCCUGAUGAACUUACAAAUACCCGUGGAAGCGUUGCAACUGAAGUGUACAGCGCACCUUUUAAAGUUUACUCUGCCAAGAAAUUUCCGGGUAUGACAGAAUCAACCGAACUUUCUAAGGCUUUCGCGAAACAAGGAAUUAAAAUUCCAAUUCGUAAAGAAGCAUAUUAUAGGAAAGUCUCCAAUAACAAUUUGCAUAAUCAGCUUAAAGUAGAUGUUCCUAAGACAACCGUCGAGAUCUCUAGCAGUGAUUCUGAAGAUAUUGGGUCUUUCAACGAAAGUGAAGCGCGUGAUUUCUCACAGGAAUAUAGAAGUAAAAAUAUACCCAUCGAAAAGCGGCUACACAAAUAA